AUGAAUGGCUCAACGGCGGUGGCAAACGGUGGCUCGGGGAAGCACGACAAAGAGGCGCCACAAGCGACAGCGGCCAUCUUUCGUGUGCAAGGGAAUACGGUAGCUACAGUACCAGUAGCAGUCAAUAAUUCAGGAGUUCAUCAACCGUCGACUCCGCUGGUGAAAGCCGAAGUCUCCACGAAUCACAUAUCAAUAAUCAAUCGAAAGAAAUCUCUCAAAGACGAUAUAAUGAUUGAAACGCUGACAUCCGAACAAGCGGCCUCCCAUGAAGUCGUCCCAUGCACCCAUCAGCUUCGUACGAAUCUAGAAGAAGGACUAACGACGGCAGAAGCCACCAGAAGACGUCAAUAUCACGGAUACAACGAGUUUGACGUCGGCGAGGAGGAGCCGAUCUAUAAGAAGUAUCUGGAACAAUUCCAAAAUCCGCUGAUUCUGCUCUUAUUGGCUUCUGCAUUCGUUUCCAUCGUCAUGAAACAGUACGAUGAUGCGAUAUCGAUUACGGUGGCAGUGGUUAUUGUGGUUACUGUAGGCUUUGUGCAGGAAUAUCGAUCCGAGAAGACGUUGGAGCAACUGACGAAGCUGGUGCCACCCACGUGUCAUGUGCUGAGGGACGGCAAGGAGGCUAUGAUGUUGGCACGGGAGUUGGUACCUGGAGACGUUGUUCUUCUGAAUACUGGAGAUCGGAUACCGUCGGACUUGCGGAUUGCCGAGAGUUUUUCGCUGCAGAUUGAUGAGAGCUCGUUGACAGGGGAGACCGAGCCGAAGCAUAAGGAAACGCGAGCCGUACCACAAGCGACCCUUGGCACGGGAUCCGACGUCGAACACCUGACAUGCAUUGCCUUCAUGGGAACCCUAGUGUGCGCUGGCCGUGGCCGAGGAAUCGUCAUUUCGACGGCCGCCAACUCGCAGUUCGGCGAAGUGGUGAAAAUGAUGAUGGGAGAGGAGUCGCCGAAGACGCCACUUCAGAAAAGUAUGGACGAUUUGGGGAAGCAGUUGUCGAUCUACUCGUUUGGCGUGAUUGCUGUCAUCUUUUUGAUUGGAAUGUUUCAGGGUCGAAAUGUCGUCGACAUGUUCACAAUUGGAGUCUCCCUGGCCGUUGCCGCAAUUCCCGAAGGUCUUCCGAUCGUUGUAGCCGUCACCCUAGCGAUCGGAGUGAUGAGAAUGGCCAAACGACGAGCUGUGGUCAAAAAAAUGCCGGCAGUUGAGACGUUAGGAUGUGUUACCGUAAUCUGUUCGGAUAAAACUGGCACCCUGACGAAGAACGAAAUGACAGCACAAUCGAUAGCAACACCAGAAGGAAAGGUGGCAGAGGUGACGGGGAUUGGCUACUCGGCUGAUGGUGGGGCGGUACAGUACCAAGGAGAGCUGGUCCAGCAGUGGACUCAUCCGGAAUUCGCUAGAAUCAUCGAAGCUGGAAUUGUGUGCAAUAAUGCGUCGAUCGAGCAGGAUAAACUGAUUGGACAGCCGACGGAAGGGGCGAUUGUGGUUCUGGCGAAGAAGGCGCAGUUGGAAGGCGUCAGGGGGCAGUAUAAGAGGUUGCGAGAGAUGCCGUUCAGUUCGGAUACCAAAUGGAUGGGGGUGCAGUGUGCCGAUGCCCAGGGGCAGACGGUUUAUUUUAUAAAGGGAGCCCUCGACCGUGUCCUGGACCAAUGUGGAACGUACUACUCGGCCGACAAUCAACGUAAACCAUGUGAUCAGUACUCCCGUCAACACAUUCUUGAAAUUGGAAAAGAAUUGGGCUUAAAAGGCCUCAGAGUGCUUGGACUGGCCCGCGGGGAAAGUAUGCAAUCUCUGAUGUUCGUUGGAAUGAUCGGAAUGAUGGAUCCGCCGAGACCGGGGGCUGCCGACGCGAUAAGUAUUGUUAAAGCGAGUGGAGUGGAUGUGAAAUUGAUCACUGGAGAUGCCAUGGAGACCGCGCAGAGUAUAGGCCAAUCCUUGGGGAUUCUCUCAUCCUCCGACUCGUGUCUAUCUGGUCAGCAGGUAGAUCAAAUGACAGAUCAAGACUUGGAACUAGUGAUUCGUCAAGUCACCGUAUUCUAUCGAGCAUCCCCCCGACACAAGCUGAAAAUCGUGAAGGCCCUCCAAUCGCUGGGUGAAGUCGUCGCAAUGACUGGAGACGGUGUCAAUGAUGCUGUGGCACUCAAAAAAGCGGAUAUUGGCGUGGCGAUGGGCAUUUGUGGGACGGAUGUGUGCAAGGAGGCUGCUGAUAUGAUACUUUGUGAUGAUGACUUCUCUACAAUGACUGCUGCCAUAGAAGAGGGAAAAGCCAUUUAUCAUAAUAUCACCAAUUUUGUGAGAUUUCAAUUGUCAACAUCCGUCGCCGCUCUGUCACUCAUUGCCGCUUCGACAAUGUUCAAAUUCGACAAUCCGCUGAAUGCAAUGCAAAUUCUAUGGAUCAAUAUCAUAAUGGACGGUCCACCGGCACAAUCUCUGGGUGUAGAGCCAGUUGAUGAUGAUAUAAUAAGACAGAGACCCCGAAAUACAAAACAACCAAUGCUCACGGGACGGCUGAUUGGAGAUAUACUCGCGUCGGCGGCGAUUAUUGUCGUUGGAACGCUGAGUGUGUUUUAUAAGGAGAUGUCCGCCGAUAACAAAGUGACACCUCGAGACACCACAAUGACAUUCACCUGCUUUGUUCUAUUCGAUAUGUGGAAUGCUCUCUCGUGUCGUUCCUCUCGUAAAAUGAUUUGGCAAAUUGGAAUUCGUCGGAAUCGAAUGUUCUGUAUUGCCGUGUCGGCUUCGCUGAUUUGUCAGCUAUUGGUUAUCUACUGGUCCCCCCUACAGCAUAUUUUCCAAACUGAGGCUCUUUCAUUGUUUGAUCUCAUCUUCCUCACCACCAUCACAUCGACCGUAUUCAUUUUCAACGAGACGCGAAAAUAUUUCAAUCUGCGCUCGAAAUCCCUUAAUCACGAUCCAUUGUCUGUUAGCGGAAUUUGA